AAACAUUGAUUACUGUUUCAACACAUUUCCAAUGCAGAUGUUAUUUAAGUAAAAAUGCUAAAACAACUUAAAAAAGUAGGUUUGUCCCAGUGGAAAAACAAACAGUUGAUAACAAUCACACACCGAUUGUUAACGAGUCAAAGUAACAAUGAAGAUUAUGAUGUCAUAAUAGCUGGGGGUGGGUUAGUGGGAGGGGCAAUGGCUUGUGCGUUGGGAAAAAGUCGUUAUUUGGAGAAAAAGAAGAUUUUGAUGCUUGAAGGUCGUUCAAAGAUGAAAGAGAUUGAUUUAAAGAAUCCUCCUUCAAACUAUGAUUGCAGAGUUUGUGCGAUAUCUCCUGGAAAUGUGGAGUUUCUUAAAGACAUCAAUUCAUGGGAUAAUGUUUCAAGGAAAUGCUCAGUGAAUAGAAUGCAGAUUUGGGAUGCAUGUUCUGACGUGGUGACACAUUUCAACAAGCACAAUAUGUCAGAAUCUCUUUGUUGGAUUGUUGAAAACAAUCUUCUACAAGCAAGUCUCAACCAAACCAUUGAUAACGAACUUUCAAACAACGUUUCAGUGAAAUACAAUUCUACUUUAACCGAUUGUUUCAUCCCGAAUAACUAUGCACGUAGUGAUACACGAACACCAUUACCACCAGCAACUGUUACUUUAUCAGAUGGGACCGUUCUUCGAACCAAAUUAUUGAUUGCAGCCGACGGUGAUAAUUCAUUCAUAUCUCGAUGUUUGAACAUGAACAAGUUGAAAUGGAAUUACAAUCAACACGCUGUGGUGGCAACAUUAAACUUUCACGAACCUUGUGAUAAUUUUGUUGCCUGGCAGCGAUUUUUACCAAGUGGACCAAUAGCAUUGCUUCCAUUAAGUAAUACGAGCAGCUCAUUGGUGUGGAGCACAUCACGUGAUCAUGCAGAAGAACUCAAGAAUAUUUCAACUGAAGAUUUUGUGAAUCAGAUAAACAAUGCCUUCUGGAAAGAAUAUCCUCGAGAUAAAUCAGUUGAAAUGUUACAAGAGAUGACGCAAACCUGUCUUAACUUGUUCACCUCUGAUGAAAGUUCAAUCUCCAGCCUUCAAUAUCCACCAAGUAUAUCAGGUGUACAAGGAGGUGUCUUCAGUUUUCCACUUGGUUUUUCACAUUCAGAUGAAUAUGUUAGACCAAGACUUGCUUUUAUUGGAGAUGCAAUUCACAGAAUCCACCCACUAGCAGGGCAAGGUUUGAACCUCGGUAUGCGGGAUGUUAAGUCGUUACUUGAUGUUGUUGAAACUUCAUUAUAUAAUGGAAUGGAUAUUGGUUCCCUUGAAAGUUUACUAAGAUACGAAAGUGACAGACAGCGAGGCAAUCUCCCCAUGUUAACUGCUGUGGAUGGGAUUAAGAAGCUUUAUUCAACCGACAAACUUCCUGCAGUUGUUCUACGAACAGUUGGUUCCAUCAUAUUCAACAGACUCGAGCCGAUUAAGGAACGAUUUAUUAAAGAAGCUGUCAUAUAAAUACGUCAUAUCAAGACGCAUCAUGCUGUUAUAUUGCUAAAUGGACGAUUCUUUGUUGUUUAUGUGCGCUAAUACAAAUACGACCCAAUUCG